AUAGAGUAGAAUCCAGUGAUCCAGUCAUAUCCGAGGCGGCGUGUGGCGAGGUGCGCAGAGACAGAGUGUCGGUCCCGCUUUGCCCGGCUCGUUAUAAGCACAAACGCAGUUUCUAGAGUGGUUCGCUGCUGGAACGACGUUGCAGGAGGCUCCUGUUACCCGGAGUGAAGGAACGCUAUCCAGUUCGAGCCGCCAAGGGGAACCCACCGUGAAGUGCCGCGCACUACCAAAAGCCAACAACAUGGCGACCGCUAUAGACGACAGACAGGAACUCCUCGAGCAAUUUCAAGCGAUUGAUCAAAAUGGAGAUGGUUUCAUUGACUUGGCUGAGCUUAGAACAGCGUUGGCCGUAUGUGGAUUCAAAAUGCCCGGCUACAAAGUUCGCCAAAUGAUUGAAGAGUACGACGACAAGGAGCGACUGGAGCAUAAAGGACGAUUGUCCUUUGAGGAGUUUGAGAAACUAUGCAAAGAGUUGAAAGCCAACGAGCUUGGGUCUACCUUCAAACAAGUUGUAUCUAAGAAAGAGAAUUUGGAAACUCUUGGCGGUAUUUCUGACGCCUCGAGCGAGGGUACCACCCAUUCGGUCAGGCUGGAAGAACAGCUGGCCUUCAGCGAUUGGGUAAAUACAAACUUGGGAUACGAUCCGGACCUGAAACACCUCCUGCCGAUUGAUCCAGAAGGAAAAACUCUCUACGAUAAGGUCAAGGAUGGAAUACUCCUGUGUAAAAUUAUAAACCAUUCCUGCCCGGACACGAUCGACGAAAGGACUAUAAACAAGAAGAAUUUAACCCUCUACACGAAGCAUGAGAACUUGACGCUGGCUCUGUCAUCGGCCCAAGCAAUCGGUUGCAACAUAAUAAACAUCGACGCACACGAUUUGACAAAAGGAUCACCUCACCUGGUCCUCGGACUCUUAUGGCAGAUAAUUAGAAUCGGAUUAUUCAAUCAAAUAACCCUUGAGAACUGUCCGGGUUUGACAACGCUGCUGCAGGACGGAGAGCGGAUUGAGGACCUGCUGAAGUUGUCGCCGGAGGCAAUACUCCUACGAUGGGUGAACCAUCACCUCCAGAAUGCUGGAAUAGCGAGGAGGUGCAACAACUUCCAGUCGGACAUCACCGAUUCGGAGAUCUACUCGCAUCUGAUAAAGCAAAUAGCUCCUGGAGACGCUGAUGUGACUCUCGAGGCGCUGAUGGAACCAAACCACAGUACGAGGGCGGAGAUAAUGCUGCAGCAAGCCGCUAAACUUGGAUGCCGAAGUUUCGUCACGCCGAGCGAUGUCGUCAACGGCAUUUACAAGCUCAACUUGGCCUUCGUUGCCAAUCUGUUCAACAACCAUCCUGGCCUGGACAACCCUGAGACCGUGAUCGAAGGACUGGAGUCACUGGAGGAAACGAGGGAGGAGAAAACUUACAGAAAUUGGAUGAACUCGUUGGGCAUUUCGCCCCACGUGAAUUGGCUCUACUCCGACUUAGCCGACGGUCUUGUGAUAUUCCAACUCUACGACAUUAUCAAGCCAGGCACGGUCAGCUGGAACAAGGUUCACAAGAAGUUCACCAAGCUCAGAAAGUUCAUGGAGAAGUUGGAGAACUGCAACUACGCCGUUGACCUUGGUAAACAGAUGAACUUCUCGCUUGUCGGUAUUGCCGGGCAGGACAUUAACGACGGCAACGCGACUCUGACGCUCGCUUUGAUAUGGCAGCUAAUGAGGUCCUACACUCUAUCGAUCCUUGCCUCGUUGGCUGGGAACCAGGGCAGUCCGAUUGUCGAGAAAUCGAUCGUCCAGUGGGUCAACUCGAAGCUUCAGGCUGCGGGAAAGAGCAGCAGCAUAAAGAGCUUUCAGGACUACAGCAUAUCCGACGCGAAGGUGGUUAUCGACCUGAUCGACACGAUAAAACCGGGAAUCAUAAACUACGAUCUGGUGAAGGAGGGCGGCACCGAGCAGGAGAACCUGGACAACGCGAAAUACGCGAUAUCCAUGGCGCGCAAAAUUGGGGCGAGGGUUUACGCCCUGCCCGAAGACAUCACGGAAGUUAAACCAAAAAUGGUGAUGACAGUUUUCGCCUGCCUUAUGGCCUUGGACUACGUACCAAACAUGGACUCCGUCAAGACGAGCAACGGCGACGUUAUCGUCCAGUAACGAAGCGGAUUUUUUAUAUACAUAUAUAUAUAUAUGUGUAUAUAUAACACCGCGUAUGGUAUCUUGUACACAUCAAACCAUCCACGCAUGGCUUGUUGCUACUAAACGUAAAAAUUGUACAUACGAUAUUAUUAUAUAUUUAGGAUAAUUUAAUUAUCGUUAUCAAGAUGAGAGGCGAACACGCAAAUCGGGUUGCAACAUAUUCUCUAUGGCGUCAGCAUGACAUCGUGUGUUUCGAAAAUCGUAUAAUUGUAUUACAGGAAGGAAAUGAAAAAAACAGUGCAAGAGCAUCUCAUAGCGAAAAAAUGACUCCCAUGAUAUUUUGAUGUGAAACACUUUCACCUAAAGAAAAGUAAGAAUAAGUAUUGCUCUUGUGACAAUUUUUGGGAUAUUUCUUGCUCGCUGCAAUGCUUCGCGAUGUACAGUGUUUCACGUUUUAGUAAUGCUACACUGUGCGGCGACAGCAUCGUGGCACACGUGUUGAACUUUUAUAACGGGUUUCUACACCUGAGGAAAGUCGAGUUUCACUGGACCUUAAUAUAAUUAAUAAUCAUGUUCCUCCAGAAUUCAAUAGUAGGCUAUAUUUAUAUACACAAUUUCCAAUUUUGUACUGCUGCAUAUUACUAAAUCUAUAAUAAUAAUAGAUGAGGGCUGGCAGUUGAAGGAUUUAAAAUAAGGACUUUUACUCUAUUUAUACUGCAGACCAGAAUUCUAAUAAUUGUACAAUCAAUGUCAUUCUGAAACCUGCGCUUAUUGCAUAUUUCCUCUCUGUUUCACUGUCAGUUUAACUGAAAACGAACACUUUAAUAUACACAUAUUGGUUGGUUACCUUGAAAUCAAAUUUCAUUGCUACGUACUUUGAUAUACCAACACGUUUAUACAUAAUAUUAUUAUAAUAUUAAUAUUAAAAAGAAAACAUUUAUCGUAAAAAUGUUAUAACGGUAAUUAAUUAAUUAAUUCACAUGUAAACAUAAAUUUGAUAUCCAUAUAUUUGUAUGGUGAACGUGAAAGUGUCGUGACAAAUUACAAUAUUCAUAUACAUACGUAUAGUUUAUAUAUACAUCGAUUUUUGUCAUUUGAAAACAUCAUUUUUUUUUCUGUUUAAUCUGUGAGGCGUGCGUUGCUGAUGUCUGUACAUUCCGAAAGUCACUUACCAAACACAGUCGCGAACAUUUUUUACCUUAUCUAUUGAGCGGAAAUUCAACAAAGAAUCGAAUCAAUUUUUCAUUUUUCGACAGUAAUUUGUGUAUACAGCUAUUCUGUACUUUAUUUUUUUCCUUUACUUUCUUUGUUUUCCGUACUAUCAUAGGAAAUAUAUUAUAACGUCGGUGGACGUGGAUUCAGAUAAGAAAUAGCCCCCCAGUCGUUGCUUCUGCUAUUGAAACUGAAGUGGCAAAAAACAACAAUGUAUAACCUCUCGAGUACGAUAUGUUUGGAGUUAAGGUUGCACUAUCAAAUUUUUUCAAGGAUUCAGUUCUUCAUUAAUCAACGUACUGUCUGUUAUUCAGCCAGGUUUUUCUAUCGAGAAUGUUUUUUCCUUCGUUCAUCAGAAUCCAGCGAUAUUUCUUUAAACUUACAGGCUCUAACGAUAUUAGAUGCCAAAUACGUCGUAUACAAGCUGUAGACGAAGGCCAUAUUGAAAAAGUGAGAGAUUUCAUGAGUCUUGGGCAUAUUGCAAUUUUUUUUAUUUGAGAAUUAAGUAAUCAGAAGCAAAAUUUUAUUAUAGAUUUGGCUAAAUAUAAAAGAAAAAUACAUUUUAGUCAUUUUUAGUCAAAUAUAAUGAUGUAUGCAUGUAUAACUAUUAUUAUAAUGAGAACGAGAAGAUAAUCCACAAAGUUUUGACUGCGACAGAACUAUUAUUGAUUAUUGAUUAUUACAAUCAUUAUAAAUGAAUACAAAUCAAUUACGAUUACGAUGGAAAAGUAUAAUUUGAUUUCAAUAAGAAUUCAUUAAAAUUAUUAAAUCGAUUAUUUUGAGGAGACUGGAAAUAUACAAUUAGGUAAUCCAGACGUCAAGAUCGCGUGUCCUAAUAUAUUUCCGACUGAAAUAAUUGAACGGCGUCGUAAAUUGUCAUGAGUAAAUUAUUCAGAGAGUGUUUCGGAGCCCUUGCUGGUCUUUUUGUAUGCUGGUAUAAAUAGUAGGUGUAAUUUAAAUGUAAUUUAAAUAAAGAAAAAAUUAUCU